GCAAAGACGAAACACGGCAAUUUCUCAGGUUUGUUGCAUUGAUUACGGAUUUUGGAAAACCCAGACUGCUGUCACUUGGCGGCCUAAAGAUUAUUCCACGGGAACAGAGUUUUUUUCUUUUUCUUUCGACAGCUACAUGGCUCUACAUGCAACCAUAGUCUCAUCACUCAUCAUCUUCAACGGUCAAGAGUACGCCUCUUCACUACCAAUCAAGAGCUUCACAGCAUCGCUUCCCGAUCACACUGCAACCGAUACGAAUCUUGACAGUUCUACAGAAGCAGGGCGCCAGGCCUGAAUCUAUCGACACUAUUCCCAUAAGAUGGAUACGCACUCCAGUACCACACCUGUUGGUGGGCUUGUGAGUUCAACAAUUCUCGAGAAGAUUGACAAGCUUUUCGCUUGCAAUGCUGGGGAAUAUGUCGAUCUACCUCAAUUAGUAGUUGUAGGGGAUCAAUCUAGUGGCAAGAGUUCAGUGCUCGAAGGGCUAACAGGUUUGCCCUUCCCUCGAGAUAGUGGGCUAUGUACUCGCUUCGCAACACAAAUCACGUUCCGCCGGUCAAGCGAAGAAAACAUAGUCGCAUCCAUCAUACCCGCCAAAAGCAGCACCCAAGAGAGACAAGAAAGACUCCAGGCAUGGGGCACAAGCCCCAUGCAGUCACUGGACGCAGACUCAUUCCGCAAUAUUAUGGAACAGGUAACGAGUACUAUGGAAAUCGGAUCGAAUAUGACGUCUGGUCAGCGCACAUUUUCCGAAGAUGUACUGCGCCUAGAAGUGUCUGGACCGUUCCAGGAACACUUCAGUGUCAUAGAUGUCCCCGGUAUCUUUAAGCGGACAACACAAGGCAUGACCACAAAGGAAGAUAUCGCCUUGGUUGACCAGAUGGUACACGGCUACAUGUCUAACCCGAGGUCUGUCGUGUUGGUUGUUGUUCCUUGCAAUGUCGAUAUUGCUACCCAAGAGAUUCUCGAACGAGCAGAAGACCUCGAUACUGAGGGAAUCCGUACCUUGGGCGUUUUGACGAAGCCUGAUCUCAUCGAUCAGGGCGGUGAGGGUGCUGUUGUAGAUUUGCUAGAGGAACGGAAGCACCGCCUGCGCUUGGGUUGGCAUUUGGUGCGAAAUCCCGGGCAGUCUGACCUGAACACUGGACGAUGUCGACACGCGAUAGAGGCAGAAUUUUUUGCCAAGACAACGCCUUGGAAAAGUUUAGAUAAGGAAAAGUUGGGAGUCCAAAAGCUCAGAGUCCGGUUACAGGCGAUACUCGAAGAUCACAUUCGUCGGGAAUUCCCCAAGGUCCGGUCUGAACUCUCACAAAAGCUGAAGAUAGCUAUGAAGAGUUUACGCCAACUAGGCCCGAAACGCCAGACGCGCGAGGAACAGUUCCAGUACGCAGUUGAUGUUGCUAUUCGGUUCCAGAACCUUGUAUCGGACGCGCUAGAAGCUGGAUAUAACCGAUCAGGUAUAUUCGGACGCAAUCCUACUCUUCGACUCGCCACCCAGGCGAUCAAUCGAGGAGAGGCCUUCGCCAAGGCCCUGGAAAGCCAUGGCCAUGUAUAUCGGUUUCAAACAAAGGACUCAUCAAUACAGAAUGGGAUUCUGGAGCUUACCAUGCACGACUCCGCUAACGUCGAGGUACGGACAGUCAAGGACGAUCCAGACAUUGAAGACCUCACCCAUGAAAACACCUCGGUUUCAGCCCCAUCUGGUGAUGAUAUCAUUGAGUGGAUCGAUGAAUUGUACCGCGAAUCCAGAGGUUUCGAACUUGGCACAUUUGACGCCAAAAUAUUGGGUGUGAUAUUGAAAGAACAGGCAGCCAAUUGGGGCUAUCUCGCACAUGGAUAUAUCAGCGACAUGAUUGCCUUGGUACAUAACUUCAUUGUCGAAGUGCUGCAGCAGGUCGCACCUAGCCGCCGAGUCUCGGACGGGAUCAGGAGCUUGUUGCUGGAUGACUUAAAAAAGAUGUAUCGAGAUGCGAUCAACCACACGCAGUUCCUUCUCGACAUUGAGCUCCGUGGAACACCUGCUACAUACAAUCAUUACUUCAAUGAGAAUCUCCAGAAACGUCGAAAUGAACGUGUACGCGCGGGCUUAGUUUCGAAAAGCAUCACGGAUUGCAAGCACGGAACGGUGGUGCGUCUGGAUGACAUUGUCCAGAGCCACCCCCUAAGUAAUGCAAGACACACCACCCUUGAGAUCCAUGACAUACUGUGUUCUUACUACAAAGUCGCCAGAAAGCGAUUCAUUGACGCAGUCCGUAUGCAAGUCGCCGACUGCAUGCUUGUGACUGGAGAAACAACACCAUUAACUUUGCUAUCCGCCCAACUCGUUGCUCGCCUUGAUCACGAGACGUUGGAGGAUAUUGCUGGAGAGGAGUUGCAGACAAAGCAUGAACGCUCAAGACUUGAGAAAGAAAUUAUUUUGCUGUCAGAAGGGAAGAAAAUUGUUGGUUGAGUGCUUAUGAAGCCGAUCAUCUAACUAACUAGUUAGAGUACUUGGAGUGUGUAAAAUCAAGUCUGCCCUUCAUCUUGAAUUUACUCACUUCUCCCUUUC